UUAUCCCCUUCAUCUGGCGUUGUAGAAUACACUAUCCACUCAGGCUUGUCGAAAAUGGCGGUUUCACUUUCGGCUAUCACCACUUCCCUCUCUUCACUCUCUUUCUCUUCUCACAUUUCUCAGAGACCCAACACUCUCUCCUUCGCCACCAACCUCUCCCUCUCGCGCUUCCCCAAAACCCCUUCUCUCGUCGUCUCCGCCACCGCGCUCGCCGAACCGGAAACCGAAGACCUCAAGAAGUUCGUCAAAUCGAGGCUUCCUGGUGGAUUCGCCGCGCAGACCAUCAUAGGGACCGGUCGCCGUAAGAGCGCCAUCGCUCGCGUCGUUCUCCAGGAAGGAACCGGCAAAUUCAUCAUCAAUUACCGCGACGCUAAGGAAUAUCUUCAAGGAAAUCCAUUGUGGCUUCAAUACAUUAAAGUCCCUUUGAUAACUUUGGGAUAUGAAAGUAGUUAUGAUGUUUUUGUCAAAGCUGAGGGUGGUGGCCUCUCUGGUCAGGCUCAGGCAAUCUCUCUUGGCAUUGCCCGUGCCUUGCUGAAGGUGAGCGAAGAUCAUAGAGCACCUUUGAGACAGGAAGGACUUCUUACCAGAGAUUCCAGAGUGGUUGAGAGGAAGAAAGUUGGUUUGAAGAAAGCUCGUAAAGCCCCUCAAUAUUCCAAACGUUGAGGUUGGGAUUUUACAUGUAUGGUUUGUCUUUUUCUGUCCUCCAAGUGUCUCUGGAAUUGGAUUAUAUCGGAAACAAUUGCUUGUUUUCAUUUGUUGCUGUAGAUUUUCGUUAGAGAAAGUAAAGAGAGAUUGAGAAGUAUCCCAAGGCGUGUAUGUAUUCAGAAUCUUGCCCUCUGUUUCCCCAUCCCUUGUUUCCUUGAUCUGUAUGGAAUUGGGAAUUGUAGGUAUGAUAAUAUUUCUCUCUUUCACCCCAACCAAACUAGUGGUUUACUACUAUAGUUUUCAUGACCUAAAUUUUGUGGUAUUUAUCCUUCAUUUCUUAUGCCUAUUUGUUCCUUCAUUUGGCAUAUUGAAAUAAAUAAUGACGUGUAACGUGUGAAA